GAGUGCCAAUCCAGCAUGCUCAGCGAGAUUGCCGUAAUUGACGAGCUCAUCCAAUCGCUAUCGAAGGCCGCUAAUAACCCUGAUCAGCUGAUGGAAGAUGCGGAGUCCAUUCUGUUCCAAGUUACACAAGGAGAUCUGUCUGGUAUGUCACGGUCCUCAUUCUACCCUUCCGAAGGCCAAAGUUCUGGGGGUCUACUCGCUGCGGCAACAGCUGCACUGUUCGCCAAUAGCCGACAAAAUGGAGCCAACCACCGCGGAUCAUGCACAAAUCACGAGCAGAACCAAACUGGAUCAAGUGACACAGACUCCGGUAGACUAACCAUGGAAGCUGCUGCACCUGAGAUGCGACGUGACGGCCCUUCGGAUAACUGCAGUUUGGCUUCGUCCACCCAGUUAAAUAUGGAGAUUGGACUGGGGCAUUCCUCCGGUCUGAACAAUGCUCACUUGCAUGUGAAUCAUAUCUCCGGUCGAUGUCAUUCCGUAUGCGAUCCAGCAAGUCUGUCUAUCGGCGGAGUUAGUUCGCACAGUAGUAGUGGAGGUAGCAAUGUUGGCUACGGCUACUUUAACCCGUCCUCUGCAAACCCAGCAUCGCCCGGACAUUUCUCUUCUGGACAACGGCCGUCCACCGGGGUCGACCACCCCGGGUUGGGAUUACAGGCAAGCCGCAAGUCUAGUCUCACUUCAGUACAUAGCACAGCCUCGAUGUGUGCGGAAUCGGGCCACCCACUGUCCGCGAUAUCCACCCGCAUGGUGGCCAAUCGAAAUUUUCAGACGAUGGAUUCAGAUGAAGCACAAUUUCAGACACUUUGUCGCCCCGGUCACAAUCGAACAGCCAGUGUGGGCGGUGUCGCUAGUGCCGCUUUGUUGGCCCGGUCCGAUGCGGAUGUGCGAGAUGUGUUCUGCACGUCCAAACCUCGACCGGAUUCCGUUUCUGAAGCUAAUUUGUCCCUGAACCAAUACGUCGGCAAAUCUUCUUCGAAAGACAGUGGUGUCGAUUCAUCCACGGUGCUUUAUCCGAACCAGGCACUUCCUCCUCCAGUGUAUACCAAUCUGACUCAAUUAGCUCAUGCUGCCCAACGCAAAUUCUCCAUAUCGNCGAACUUGCCUCACUCCGUUCAAAACAGCAUGGCAAGUGAUCCGGUAGACAAAUUUCUGGAUCCUACUGCGAUUCCCGGUAGUCCAUCGCGUUUGCUUCAAUCAAACGAUCGUGAUCAGAGCUACCCUAAGAGUCCAAACCAUACCCAAAUCCGUACACGAGACACUACCAGUGUCAGCUCAGCUGGUUUGCCACACCAACACCCAAGUACGAGGCAUUCGGUCAGCGAUCUAGCCGGGGCUGUUCGCUCCGCUCCCCAAACCCCGAUGAAUUUGUCCGCCCUAGGCAACGGUAUCGGUAGUGCUGUGGCUCUCAAUAGUCAGAAUAUUGGCAAUCGGCGAGGCACUCUACCUGCAACCAGUGCAGUUGCUCGCUCCGGUUCUAAUGGAAUUGAUCCGUUUAGUGUGGAGUUGGACGAAUUGGAUCGAAUGGUAACUGUCGGCCCGUAUGCUUCUAUGCCUCGAUUGCGCUUUGCUCGUGCUGCUUCUUCCACUUUACAUGGAUCCCCUAUUAUUGCGUCCGCUAAUCAUGCGGUCGUCCCUCUGGCCAACUCCAUUGUCACUUCCACUCUCCAUGGUAACAGUGUCCCUGUUUCACCCGGUGCUCCUCCGUCGAGUCCCUAUAUGCACUCACUCAACCCGUCUCCUUUGGCUCGAACUCUUGGUCGACCGGGGACUAGAGUUUCACUUGGUUGCGCUCUGACACCUCCGGUCACAUGUCCUCUCCCUCAUUCGGUUUCGCAAAACACAUUGGUUAGUUUAUUUCGUGCAACCAGUAUGGAUGAACAAGUGACGGAUAGUAUGCCACUUUCUCCACCUUGGGAGCGUGAUGCCGGAACGGCGGUCUCUUGUUUCGCACGAAAUCUGGCACCAACUCCAGAAGGAUAUGGCAUUCAUGAGACGGAAGAAACUGGAACCUUAUUACGUCACAUGCGACAGAGUAGUUUUGAGAGCGCAGAUCCACCAUUAACCCAAGUGCGUUCUGAACCACUCUUCAAUUGGUCCGGCGCGCAUGUCUCGGAGUCUCCUCGCCUUCCUCCUCCUUCGCCUCCUCCGGUUUCUCCUAAGCCACAAAAACUCAAACAGGCUAUAAUUUCUCGCAAUCGAAUGAGUCUGGGUUCAUCCGCACAAUCGUCCCGUACCCCACCUCCACCACCAACUAGGCGUUCCAGUUUUCUGGGCUGUACCGAACAUCGUAACACAAAUUUGGGCAAUCACAAUGCACCGAGUCAGCUGUCGAACGGUGUUGGAAAUCCCGUUUCACAACCAAGUAGUUAG